AUGACAGCUGCCUAUAUUGUCUUGAUUACUUUUAUAUUCUAUGUUCCACGGAUUAUCUAUUAUAGACUCAGUCGAUUCUCUAAGGAUCGCCAGCUUCCUGGCUACUUUCUUUUGUGGUAUCUUUCUUUGAUUCCAUGUAUUGCUGGGUGCAUUCAUUUUUCUUGUUACCAAGUAUUUGUCAGUGGAACUCCGGAACUCCAUCCUGAUACGUUUGAGGAUCAAGUUUACAGUUACUACCUUCUGAAAUCAGCAGCGUUUUCCAUAAAUCGUCUUGUUGCUCCGAUCGUUGCGAUUUUGUGUAUUCAACAAAUAGCAACUCACACUCAGUGGAAUAUUACGAUUUUCCAAGAGACUGCUGUUCAUAUGAUCUUGUGCUUGUUUGUAACGAUUUUUGUUGCCGGAUACACUUUUGGUCGGGAAUAUUUUCUUAUGCGAUCGCUCGAUAGUUCCAGUACAAUUUACCCUGACCAUAUUCAUUUGGACCUUUUCGACUUGAUUUCUCCUGCGAUAACAGUAGUUUUGUUUUGGUUCGCGAGACAAAAUCUUGAAAGACAAUCAGUCUACUCACUAGAGAGAUGCGGUCCAAAUGAUCCUUCAAUUCUAGAUCGGAUUUCCAAAAUUUCAGUUUUUCAUGGGGUAAUGCUGAUCUUCACAAUUGGUGGGAUAUUAAUGGCUCCUUCUGAGCGAGAUGAACUCAAGGCGGAUCCGAGUGACGGACACACUUCAAUAUUUUUCAUAAGUGCUCAAACACCCUUCGUGCAUUGGGUUCUCCUUCGAUCUCUUCUUCGGAGCAAGAAACCAACUCGCUUGUGUUUCUUGUUUUGUUUCGGAGACGGAGAGAAAGUUGCCCCUGCUCCGGAUGAUGUGGAAAUGGGAGAUCGGAGAGCAGGAAAUAAGAAUAGGAAUCAGAAAACGGAAGAAGAGGAAGAAGACGAUGAUGAUGAACCAGAGACAUUGGAUGCCAAUAAGAUUGUGAUUCUACCCGAGAGCCAGGCUGAGGAAAUUAUCAGAAGAGAAGCGAUGGAGGUCAUCGAAGUGAGAGAAUUCAAACCCGAAGAAGAUAUUCAGGAAGAACAAGAUUCUGAGACUAGUAAUUUAGAGGAUCGUCUAGCAACUCCCGUACCGAACAGUAAUCCUAAUGGAAUUACAGACAAUUGA